UUAUGCAGAAGCGUCGCUAGUCAUUUCGCCACUAGCAGUCCACUGGUGCAGAAUGCAGGCAAUACCAAAACUACCAAUAUUGGAAUUUACCGACGAUGCACUGGAGAGCAUCAGGAAGUGUCACAAUUUGCACGACCCUGGAAGGAUGGAGGAAGCCGUGGAUAUUUUGUGCGAAUGGAUUCAGAAACAGGAGCAUUUUCUCAGAAAGGAUUUUCCUCGAGAUUAUUUGGAACGGAUAAUAAUAUCAACUAAAGGAUCUUUGGAAAAAGCUAAAGUACGCUUGGAUAAAAUUUGUACGAUGAAAACUCUGGCCCCUAAAUAUUUCCAAGAUCAAGAUCUGAGGGAUGUGAAGCAUGUUUUAGAUGGAUUCAAAUUCUUCGUCCUUCCAAAAUUCGCGCCGGAUUACUAUCGUGUAUACUUCGUGAAAGGGUACGCAAAACAUAUAACAGCAAAUGAUUUCCAGGCAUUCUACAAAUACAGUAUAAGGUUUUGUGAAUAUUGGAUGAAACAUGACUACUUCAAUGGUUUCAUUUUGGUCCUCGACUUUACUCAUAAGGAUCUAAAUAUCUUGGAAUUUAUUACUAACAACAACCCUAGCGAGCUACAUCAGCACAUAGUGGCUUAUAUGAAAGUCUAUGGAGCGAGGCUAAAAGGAAUCCACAUAGUGACAUCCUCGAAGCUGGCGGAUGCCUUAGUUUCAUUCAUAAAACCAUUUUUUGGAGCAAAACUGGCAACCAGAUUCCACGUCUAUAAAAAAAUGGAUGAUUUAUUUGAAACAGUUCCUAGGGAUAUCUUCCCAAUCGAAUAUGGCGGCAAAGAGAAAAGCAUAGCAGAACUUCAUGACAAAUGGUUCGAAGUACUGAACUCAAAAGAACACAGAGAAUACAUAAAAGAAACCGUCAAAGCAGGAACUAAUGAGUCAAGAAGAUUGAUAAACAAACUGAACGAUGAAUACUUAGGCAUGCCGGGGACAUUUAGAGUUUUAAAAAUCGAUUAAUAUACUAUAACUAAUUAAUCUGCAUAUUGGUUUAUUGUUAAAAGACUGGAAUAGUUAGUUCUUGAUCAGUAAUCCGUACUGCAAAUUAUUUUCCAGGGGAGCCAAUAUUUAGUAAAUAAAAUAACAUUAUAGAUGAAUCUGGAUAUUUAGUUACUUUAAAAUAAUUGUUCAAUGUAGUUAUAUGUAAUCGCUACCUUAGACGAUUUGCCAGAGGGUCCGAUAUAAUUGUUCCACUUGUCACUCUCAAUGGUGUCUCAAUUAUAACAACCAAAACGUGCCAGAUUGAGAAUAAAGGGGGAGGAAAGAGUCGAUUAUUAUUAGUCUUAAAGAUCCUACGGUAGGCUAAAGUUGUUAUGGUAGAAUAUUUUUGUAAUGUUGUCCGCAGCCGGGAUAUACUGCACGGACUGGCUAAGUACUAUAGCGCUAAAAAAAACAAUUUCUGAUAAUAUGUUUUGUAAGGAAUGAGGAUACUGCAAUAAUAAGUAUUGAAAUGUGUAAAAAAAUGUAAUUUGGAUGUGGCAGUGUAAAAUUUACUUUAUAACGAUUUCUUAGAUUUAUGCGAAUGUUUGACAUUUAAAUAAAACUACGUUACAGAUUUUGUUGCUAUA